GAGCCGCACGAUUGUCGCGCGCCGCCAUGGCUUCUGCGCCAACGGAGGAGGCCACCGACGACGGCGACAAGGGCAUCUACGAGGCCGUCUCCAAGGUGCUGGAGGGGUAUGACUGGACCCUAGUGCCCAUGCUCAACAGAGCGUCGGGGCGGGGCCGGUCGCACGUGAAGCGUCCCAUGAACGCCUUCAUGGUAUGGGCGCAGGCGGCCAGGAAGAAGCUGGCAGACCAGUACCCGCAGCUGCACAACGCUGAACUCAGCAAGACGCUCGGCAAACUGUGGAGGCUCCUGAGUGACGCCGACAAGCGGCCGUUCAUCGAGGAGGCCGAGAAGCUUCGGCGUCAGCACAAGAAGGACCACCCCGACUACAAGUACCAGCCACGCCGUAGGAAGGCACUGAAGGGUCCCACCGGCGCCGCCAGCCAGCAGGGCAACACAGUCGUCUUCAACAGCAGUCGCCAGCUCGGCGAUGGUGCGGAAGCCGCUCGGCUGCUGUCAUCGCAGGGUCAGGGGCAAGGUCACGGUCCCCCCACCCCGCCAACUACGCCACAGGGGGAGCUGAUGAGGGACAACAAGCAGGCCAUGGGUUUCUUGCAGGGCAGCGGCGGGCUGGGCUGUUACCCGCAGCGGGCUGCCGGUCUGACCCGAGGUCAGUGCACGGCCGCCUCGGCGCCGGCCGCCUGCGCCGCCCUCGGCCGCUCCGUCAUGGGUCAGCCCUCGCCGGAGGACACGGCCAAGCCGAUGGCCUGCGACGGCUUCUAUAACCAGGCGGCGUUCAAGCCGGAGGAGGAGCGCCUCUACAGAAGUCACGAGGAGCGAGUGUACCGUGGCCAGCCGUUCGGUGGUCAGCUGAUUGCGCCAUCAGCUGGCUACUCGGCCGAGAACAUGGCGUACUACCAGAAUUUAUAUCAGUACCCCAGCCAGAGGCCGUACGACGCCAACGACCCGUGGACAUUUAUGUAG